AUGCCCAUUAAAUUCCGUACCGGUCCGCGAAACAACUGUUCUACACGACUUUCAGUAAAAUCAACUCCGUCGUCGAAUGACACAUCAGCAUCAACAAAAACGUCAACCCUACCUCGAACAGCGUACGCGGGCACAGAACCACACGAUCGGGAAGAAAAGUUCACCUCUCAUCUCGAUCUCCUGAUUAGUAUCGAAUUGGUAUCAACAGCUAACGCUGACGGUCUAGCGGGCAACACCCUUUCCUCUCGCGACGUUUUACGAUCGGACUUCUACUUAUCCAAUCGCAUUGCCAAGCAUGUUUUCGUUCAUUUUUGUAUUACGCAACACAGGAUCGAUCCCGACAAUUCAACCUCAUCCAUCACGUUUGCCAACACACACGCGACGGUCUGGUGGGAGCUAUAUAAGAAACUGCUGCUGAGUCCCCAGUAGAGAGGAAAUACUAUUCUUUUCUUCGUCCGCUCACUGCUCUUCUUGGUUCGGUGUUCUCUUACUUUAGCGCAACAGCAAUAUAUGACAGGUUAAUCAGUGAGCGUGGGUCAUUUGCUUUGAAGUGUUCGGUUUAAAGUGCCAAGUUCGUUUUUAACAUGACGCAGGCACCUGUCCGACAUGCCGAAGUGAAGUGUUCGACAUGCAGGAUGUUGCUUGCAAAGUUCAAUAUUUCGUCAAACCGCAAAGAAGAAUCUGCGAACAUUAGAUGGCAAAUUUAUUUAUUUCGGUGUUGGUUAAAAAUAGUUACUCUUUAAAAUUUUAAGUUCCAUUUCGAUGAAUAGUUUUACAUCUGAUGUAUUUUUUUACUCAAUUAUUAAAAGAUUUGUCGACUAAAAAUAACCUGUACAGAAUUUCAUGUAAAAGAAUAAAAACCGUUCUAGAUGAAAAAAUUGUUUGAAAACUUAAUUAACCUUGUCUGCUGAAGUCUGUUAACGUGCAAUAAAUAGUUGGGAACUCA